CACUGGUCUAUCCAUACUGACAGACAGACCGUUCACUCGAGCUAUGUGUAAACAAGUAUUGAUCAACUUUUCAGUUUCGAGACUGAACCAAUUAUUCUUAUGAAAAGUUUGUGUAAAUAAAUUUAGUCCUCCACAUAAUAAAACGAUGAUAUCGCGUAGAUUUUAGGUGUAAAGCGUAACAUAGCAUGCUUAGAAACGAUUACGACCGGAGAAAGUUUAUUUAAUUGUGCCCUAUGUGUAGUGAAUGUCGAGAUAGUAUUCCCUUUAAAUGGUGCAUCAUGGAUGAUGACCUUCAACCGUUGAGGAGCGAAGAAUGCCUUGAGCAGAACAACAAUAACGUUACAGCCGACGACGAGAGCGAAGGAGCCGUGGGUGGAUCUGUGGAAGCCGACGAUACAGAUCCCGAAAUAAAGCUCGAAGAAAUCGUGUGGAGCGAAGAGGAGUUCGAUCGGGACCCGCAUAGGGCGUGCUUUUACGAUGCAUAUCGAUCGGGAGCGGGAUCGCCGGAGUUGGACGAUUCGACGGAGAACGCGGGCACUACGACUCCGGAGCGCAAACCGCUGGCUCUGAUGGACGACUGGGACCUGUGGGACUACAUGGACGAGGAAACGUUAAAGCAACGGCUGAAGUUUCACCCGGAGCUGCUGGAGCAGAUCACACGGAAGCGAAAGCGGAGAGCCGGACUGGAUGAAAGCGACGAUGACGAUCUCUGUGCGGUGAUGGAGAGGCAUGCAAAAGUGACGAAGUUUAACGAACACACAACAGUUUACUAGUGUCGAAUGUUUUAUUUUUGAUGUUCUUGGUUAACAUUUUACAAAUAUCUAUUUAGUGAAGUCCAAUUUAGUAUGUGUAAUAUUCCUAGACCUUUUUCAAUUUUAGUUGUGUACUAUAAUCCAUAAUUGUAAAUAUAUUUUUAACAAUUGCUUGAAAAUUC